GUUUAGUCUUCAGUUCGCUUGCGAUGUGAUCGGUCGGUCGGUCGGACGUCGAUAACGUGUGCUCUUAACUGUGUUUUAACGUCUUACAAAACAGCGCGCGCGCGAAUGCUAAAAGCUCCCUCUCUCUCGCUCUCGAUCUCUCUGUCUCUGUGACUGUGCCUCUCUUCUGCUGCGCACUUGUGGCGCAGACAAGUUAAGAAAACCUGUGCAUGCCAAGUGUAGACAAAUUGUAGAUAAAAAUAAAAUGAAAACGUAAAAAAAGAUCCCAAAUUGUACCGAAUUUCGCAUUGAAAGCUAUAACAGUACAGCUAUAAAAACCAAAAAGCAACACUCGAUGCAUUUUAAGUUUUCAUUAAAAAAAACAUUAAUUUAGCUAAUAUUUCGGCCUUGAAAUGUUUCCAAAUCAAAAUAAUUUGGCCGCUGCGGGUGCAGCCGGUGAUCCCCAGCAGCAGAGCCUCAACUACAAUGGCCUGCAACAACAACAGCAACAACAACAGCAACAACAACAGCAGCAACAACAACAAACUCAACAAUUGUCACAGUCAACCAAGAAUGUGAGGAAGAAACCGUAUGUGAAGAUUACGGAGCAGCCAGCCGGUAAAGCGUUGCGUUUCCGCUAUGAAUGCGAGGGACGCUCGGCGGGUUCCAUACCUGGCGUCAAUUCCACACCCGAGAACAAAACCUAUCCGACCAUCGAGAUUGUCGGCUACAAGGGACGCGCCGUUGUCGUCGUUUCCUGCGUCACCAAGGAUACGCCAUAUCGGCCACAUCCGCAUAAUCUGGUGGGCAAGGAAGGCUGCAAAAAGGGCGUCUGCACACUGGAGAUCAGCAGCGAGACAAUGCGAGCCGUUUUCAGCAAUUUGGGCAUCCAGUGUGUCAAGAAGAAGGACAUCGAGGCGGCGCUGAAGGCGCGAGAAGAGAUUCGCGUGGAUCCGUUCAAGACUGGGUUCUCGCAUCGUUUCCAGCCGUCGAGCAUUGAUCUGAACUCGGUGCGUUUGUGCUUUCAAGUAUUCAUGGAGAGCGAGCAGAAGGGACGCUUCACAUCGCCCCUGCCGCCAGUUGUCUCCGAACCGAUCUUCGACAAGAAGGCCAUGUCCGAUCUGGUUAUUUGCCGUCUGUGCAGCUGCUCCGCGAGCGUGCUGGGCAACACCCAGAUUAUAUUGCUGUGCGAGAAGGUGGCCAAGGAGGAUAUCACGGUGCGCUUCUUUGAGGAGAAGAACGGUCAAACGGUGUGGGAGGCCUUGGGGGAUUUUCAGCACACGGACGUGCACAAGCAGACUGCCAUUACGUUUAAGACUCCGCGCUAUCACACACUGGAGAUAACGGAGCCCGCCAAGGUUUUUAUCCAGCUGCGUCGACCCUCGGACGGCGUUACCAGCGAGGCUCUGCCCUUCGAAUAUGUGCCAUUGGAUUCAGAUCCAGCACACCUGAGGCGGAAACGUCAAAAGACUGGCGGCGAUCCCAUGCACCUGCUGCUCCAGCAGCAGCAAAAACAGCAGCAUCAGCUUGAACCCCAGGAUGGGAGACAAAACAACAUGAACUGUUGGAACGCACAGAACAUACCGCCCAUUAAAACCGAACCGAGAGACACCUCACCGCAACCGUUUGGCUUAUAUCGGGCGCCGCCAGAAUUAACGCCUUCGCCGCAGCCAUUGUCCCCCGCAAGCAAUUACAAUCAGAACAGCACGCCGUCGCCCUACAACAUGACAGCGGCAGGCUCCGGCAAUGGCCAACAGCAGCAGCAGCAACAGUUGAUGUCGCCCAAUCAUCACCAGCAACAGCAGCAGCAACAGCAAUAUGCUGCUCCGGGUGCUGGCAACUUGGAGUUGGGCAACAACUACAAUCCUUUUACGCAACAGCUGUUGGCACAGCAUCAACAACAGCAGCAGCAGCAACAACAGCAGCAGCAACAACAGCAGCAGCAACAACAGCAGCAGCAGCAACAACAGCAACAGCAGCAACAGCAACAGCAACAGCUGCAAUAUAAUCCCAAUCCGAAUCCAAAUCCGUUUGCCACGCAUUGGGAGAGCAAAUUCUCGGCAGCUGCUGUGGCUGCUGCUGCUGCGGUGUCGGCGGCGCCAACUGUUGCUGUUGGCAACGGCAACAAUUUAAGCAAUCUCAACAAUCCAUUUACCAUGCACAAUCUGCUGACCUCAGGCGCGGGCGCGGCCAGCAAUCUGCAAUGGAAUCUGACCACGAAUCACUUGCAAAAUCAGCAUACUCUGCAGCAGCAUCAGCAGCAACAAUUGCAGCAGCAUAUUACGCCCAUGCAUCAGCAGUACGACAACAAUGUUGCUGUCAACAACAACAACAACAACAACGAUAACAGCAACAACAACGCAAACAACAAUGAGAAUGGUCCCACGAUCAGCAACCUGCUUAGCUUCGACAGCGAGCAGUUGGUUCGCAUUAACUCGGAGGAUCAGCAAAUGUUGCGCCUCAAUUCAGAAGAUCUGCAAAUAUCAAAUCUAUCAAUAUCUACGUAAUACCUUGCUAAGCUCUGUUGUGUUAGUCCCUAAGUCGUCUUUUAUACAAAUGUAAAAUCUGUGUGUUUUUAGCAUAAUAUUUUCAAUACGAAUAAAUUAAUCGUUUUAGCAGUUAAUAAAUCA